AUGAAAAACCACAACCUCACAGCAGUGACCGAGUUCAUCCUGCUGGGCAUCACAAAUCUCCCUGAGCUGCAGGCUCCACUGUUCCUCCUGUUCCUCAUCAUCUACCUGACCUCGCUGCUGGGUAACCUGGGCACGAUCAUCCUUACCCAGGUGGACCCCAGGCUGCAAACUCCCAUGUACUUUUUCCUCAGACACCUGGCUCUCACUGAUCUUGGCUAUUCCACAGCUGUGGGGCCCAAAAUGUUGGUAAAUUUUGUGGUGGAUCAAAAUACAAUCUCCUAUUAUGGUUGUGCUACACAGAUGGCUUGCUUAGGUGCUCUUGUGGGUACUGAGCUUUUUAUUCUGUCUGUGAUGUCCUAUGACCACUAUGUGGCCAUCUGUCGCCCUCUCCUCUACACUGUGGUCAUGACACCAAGGGUUUGUUGGAUACUAGUGGUGAUUCCCUGUCUCUACUGCAUAUUUGUGUCUCUUCUGCUCACCACAAAGAUUUUUACUUCGUCCUUUUGUGGCCACAAUGUUAUUAGUCAUUUCUUCUGUGACAGUCUCCCCUUGUUAUCAUUGCUCUGCUCAGAUACUUAUGACUUAGAGGUGAUACUUCUGCUUGCAUCAGCUUUUGACUUGAUUUUCUCUCUUCUGGUCAUCCUUGUAUCUUACCUGCUCAUCUUUAUAAUCAUUCUCAAGAUGAACUCUGCAAAGGGCAGGCGCAAGGCCUUCUCCACCUGCGGGUCCCACUUUACCGUGGUCACCGUGUUCUAUGGGACAUUGCUAUUUAUGUAUGUACAGCCCAAGUCUAGUCAGUCCACUGCCAACUAUAAAGUGGCUUCCAUACUGUAUACUCUGAUUAUUCCAAUGUUGAAUCCACUGAUCUACAGCUUGAGGAACAAAGAUGUAACAUAUGUUCUUCGAAGGACAUGGAAAAAGAUAGGCAUUAUUUUUGAAAGAUACAUACCAGAGGAGUCACAGAAAUGA